GGAGCAUGCUUAGGGAAUGACAGGCAUUUCUCAGGCAGGCUAAACCCACCUUGGUCUGAGCAAACUCAUUGGCUGUCUAUUGGAAUAACGGAGGACAAUGCAAACCACUGGCUGCCAAUUGUAAACAUUUGGGAUAAGUAUUCAUUUAGCAACGACUAUAGGGAGUGGCCAAGGAAACUCUGGAGUUUUAUUCAGUAAGGCUGUGUUUUAAGCAGUCCCUGUGCUCUUCUGCAAGCAGCCACUUAUUCCUUUCCAGUACUUCCUUCUAGCUGCAAACGUUUCAUCUGUCAGUUGUCAUCACAUAUUAAGGUGGGAUCACUAUUAUCGUCUUAUCUGUAAAUUCUAAACAUCUGCUGCAUCAUUUGAUUAAAAAAAGACCACUGCUUGAUUACCUUCAUAUUUCAACUUUGAAAUACAUCACUCAUCAUGGAUGAUUUUGAACGCCGCCGAGAACUCAGGAGGCAGAAACGUGAGGAAAUGCGUCUAGAAGCAGAAAGAUUAGCUUAUCAGAGGACUGAUGAGGAUGAAGAGGAAGCUGCUAAGGAACGUCGCCGUCGUGCUCGCCAAGAGAGACAGCGUCUGCAAAGGGAUGAUGAUGGGGAAGGGAACGUUGCAGAAAAAACAGAGAGUCAUUCUCAGAAUAACAUCUCAAUAGAGGAGGUCAAAUCGACGUCAAUUACAAAUACAGACCUGUCUGUUGAUGAUGAAGCUGCCUUAUUAGACAAAUUGGCAAAGAGAGAAGAAAGACGUCAAAAGCGACUUAAAGAGGCCUUAGAUCGUCAAAAGGAGUUUGACCCAACUAUAUCAGAUGAGAGUUUAUCACUAUCAAAAAGCAACAGGAAUGGGCAGAAUGAAAUUGAAGUAAACGAUAGCUUUACAAAAUACGAUGAUGAUGAUUCUUCCGUAACACGUCAGAGUAAAUAUGAGGUUGAGGAGAACGAGAUAAUCAUAAAGUCCUAUGAGAAGAAUGACAGGAAAGAAGAACAAGAAACGGAAGAAGAAACAGAGAAAACAGAAAUUAAGGAAGAAUUACAAGAAGAUAAACCAGAGGUCAAUUUCAUAGAAGAAAAUCAGGUAGAAGUAACUUUUAUAAUGAAACAUGUAGCUAAAGAUGUAGAGGAAUCUAGAAUACAGAGUGAGAAGGAAAGGGAGAAACCCGAGACACAAGAGAGGAGAGAUGAGACUGAGGGAAGGACUGAGGUAGAUAAAAUUGGGACAGAAGAGGACAGAGAAAAAGAGAGUGAGGAAGAGAAAGAAAGGGAGGAAGAAGCAAGAAGGGAAGCUGAAGAGAGGGAAAGGCUUGAAGCAGAGGAACGGGCAGCAGCAGAGGAAAAGGAGAGGCAGGAGGCAGAGGCCAAAAGAGAAGCACAAGAGAGGGAAAGAGAACGAUUAGAAGCAGAAAAGAGGGAAAGAGAAAGACUUGAAGAGGAAGAGAGGGAAAAACAGAAACGACUACAAGAAGAAAAAGAAAGGAAGGAAGCAGAGGAAAGGGCAGAGAGAAAAGCUGAAGAAGAGAGAAUAAAAGCAGAACAGAAAAAAGCAGCAGAAGAAAGGGAAAGGCUAGAAGCAGAGCAAAGGAAGGCAGAGGAAGAAAGAAAGGCAGAGCAGAAAAAGGCAGCAGAGGAAAGGGAAAGAAAAAAGGCAGAAGAGAAAAAGGCAGCAGAGGAAAGAAAAAAGGCAGAGGAGAAAAAGGCAGCAGAGGAGAAAAAGGCAGCAGAGGAGAAAAAGGCAGCAGAGGAAAGAAAAAAGGCAGAGGAGAAAAAGGCAGCAGAGGAGAAGGCUAGGUUAGAAGCCAAAAAGAAAGAGGAAAAGAAGGCAGAGGAGAAAAAAGACAAGAAACCUGACGAGAAACAGGUAAAAGAAAAGAAAGCUCAAGAUGAAAAGAUCCAGCCAGCCUUCCUAAGAAAACAGGGAGAAGACAAGGAAAAUAAAUUGGAUGCUAAAAAGAAUGAGAAACUACGACCAGGAUUCAAAAAAGAGGAGGUGAAAGAAGAAAAAACAUUGAAGGACAAAGGUACAAAAGAAGAAGUGAAGCCCCUCUGGGAACGUAAAAAGGGUUUUACAGAGACCAAAUCACAAAACGGAGACAGUUUACAUGAAGCUGCACCCCCAAAGCUUAAACAUCUGGAUAAGUUCAGUGGUGCAAAAGCACAGCCAUCGACUGAUGAAACGGACUCCGGGUCCAAGGUUGAAGCAGGAAAGAAACUGGACGAUUUGCGACGCCGUCGUGGUGAAACAGAAAGUGGAGAGUUUGAUAAGAUGAAACAAAAACAACAGGAAUCUGCUGUUGAGCUUGAGGAACGGAAAAGAAAGCGCGAGGAACGUAAGAAACUAUUGGAAGAAGAGGAACAGAAAAAGAAGCAAGAAGAAGCAGAAAGAAAAGCCAAAGAAGAGGAAGAAAAGAAACGGCUGAAAGAAGAAAGAGAAAAGAGGCGAGCCGAGGCUGCAGAGAAACGACAGAAAAUUCCAGAAGAUGCUUCAGCAGAGGAAAAGAAGCCUUUUAAGUGCCUUACACCAAAGGGUUCAUCUUUCAAGAUUGAGGAACGAGCAGAAUUUUUGAAUAAAUCAGCUCAAAAAACAAGUGUUAAACAGCCUACACCAACAGCUGUAUCAAAGAUAGACAGUAGGCUUGAACAAUAUACCAGUGCAAUUGUGAGUAAUAAAUCUGCCAAACCUGCCAAGCCUGCACCUUCUGACCUUCCUCUUCCAUCAGACGGAGUCCGUAAUGUUAAGAGCAUGUGGGAGAAAGGAAAUGUCUUCUCAUCACCAGGGGGUGGUGUAGGGUCGCCAAACAAGGAAACAGCUGGCUUAAAAGUUGGUGUAUCUAGUCGUAUUAAUGAAUGGCUAACGAAAACCCCAGAGACAAACAAGACCCCAGCAGCAAAGCCUUCAGACUUAAGACCUGUAGAUGUAUCUGGCAAACGCAAUAUCUGGGAGAAACAACAAGUAGAGAAACCGGGUUCACCUACCAAGAUGACAACUGGAGGGAAAAAGUCUGACUCCAAUGGUUUGAGAUUUGAAAAGGAGCCAUAGAAGAAGUUCCAAGUCACUGGACCCAACACCCAGUUAUAAAGUGCUAAAUUGUCUUUUUAUUAUAUUUAUGUUUACUUACCAAAACAUGUUUUGUCUCCAAAUAUACUGAUUAAAAACCAUGUAUAGUAGCACUGUAUUUAAUACUCCCUAAAUGUAAGACAUUCAUGAGAAUAAUAGUACUGCCUUGCACAAAAUGAUUACUUCUUACCAGAAUCAGGCUGUGAAACAAAUCAUUUCUACUGAUACAUAAUGCUUUGGAAAUACAUUCAGCAAAAUGCUGUAUGCAGAGAAUUGCAUAGGGAGGCAGUUUUCCAUGAGAAUACACACAUACAUGACCUUGCUGCACUUUAGACUAGAAAAUAACCUCUUAGUGUUAGUCUAUCAAAUGAACCAUUGUCCAGAAUAAAGAUACUGACUGCAUUGCUACAUUUAUUGCUAACUUAAAAUAUCAGUCCUUCCAAUUUAAUAAAAAUACGUCCAAAAUUGUUUAGUAUUAGCAGAAAGUGGUACAUAUAGGGUUAUAGUUCAAACCAUUAGUUUAUACACAGUACAUAUAUACACAGGCAGCUUUUAACAGCAUUUAAUCUUAAGCCACUACUAAUUGCAACAUGCUUAUUUCGUGCUAGAAAAUAUCUAGAGAAUUGUUACAUACUAGCCAAUAUCACAGCUUUUUUUUACUUCACAUUUUUUGUUAGUUUAGAAAGUAUUUGACAUUAAUAAAAACAUAGAUAUUCAACAUUUAGCCCCCCACAUUAAAAUAACUAUAACAAAAGAAAUACACAGGUACAGAAUAUGCUUGCUAAAUUAGUUAAGAAUUAGUAAAACAAUGUAAUUAAUUUAUAAACAGAAUUUUUAAACUAUUUUCUAAAUUUUUUAUAAAAAUCACAAAUUCCGAAUCCUGAAAGCACAGUGUUUAGAGAAGUUCUCUUUUUUUAUAUCAGUUUUUUUUUUCUCGUUUUUUUCUACCCAUUCCAAAGAUGUUGACAGGCAGGUUUCAUUUUAUAUGUAUAUAGAAAACAUUAAUUUGCUAGGAGUUAACUUUGAUUUAAUAAGCAGUGUGCAUUGGGUGAGCCAAUUCAUAUUUUCUAGGACUACAGUAAUAUGCAUAGUACUUUAUACAAUAAUUUGACCCACAAAAAUGGAAGUAAUUGCUCACCACCGUUCUUUUAUGCCAGAGAUUCGAUCCACUGCUUUGCUGACUGUAAUUUUACAAUAAUUAUUUGGUUUACUUGCAAUUUGGAAAUGCAUUCAGUUAUUUGUAUAGGUAUAAAUCUAUACAAAUUUGCCUUGUAUUGUCUGCAAUGCUGACUUUUUUUUUUUUUGUGAACACUUUGAACAUUUCAACUACAUAGAAUUAAUUGUUUAAACAAUGUAUUAGAAACUGCAACCACAAUAAAUGAAAAAAUACAGUAA